UUUUUAUCAGGGCCCAACAGUGACAGGAAGUCCGCUUUGGGGAUUGUCCGGCAGUUCCUGCCUUAGUUGCAACAGGAAGCGCGGCAUAAAACCAAGAGGAAAAACGCCCAGAGAUCAUUUUGGAGCACAGAGGCGGGCCGCCACUGCCGCAGGGAUCGGCCGGAGCGAGCCGCGGACGGAGCCAUGGAGGAGGCGGCCGCCGGCCCGCGGGGCCCUAGCUCAAGGGGGACCCACGGGGCCUCUCCCCACACGCUUCAUGGCCUGCGUGUGCACAGGUGGUCCCCCGGUCGGCGGAGCGCAUUCCGACCCGCCCAGUGCGUCCCCCGCUCUCCUUCGCUCCGGCUGCCCGUGCUCGGAAGAGCGUGAGAGAAGAAGAGCGAGAGAGAGACACGGGGAACGUCGCGGCAAAGAGAGCGAAAUGAUGCGAGCGACGUUCCUCGCCACCCUCCUCGUCCUCCACGCGGCAGCCGAGCCCUCGUCCGACGCUCACGACCACCGCGGGAGGAGAGCGUGUGUCGGCCGGGAGCCUCGUCGGCAUCCUCGCGUCGUCACGGCGACCGAGUCCUACGUCCUGCCGCUGCACAAGCCCUUCCUGACGCUGUGCCAGGGCCGCCGCCUCUGCAGCACCUACAAGACCACGUACGCGCUGGCGUACCGCCAGGUGAGCAGAGUGGCGCCUUUCUCCAACUUCUACCCCGAAUGUUGCCCAGGGUGGAGACGCUUUCACUCGCUUCACUGUAACCGAGAUGUGGACGAGUGUGUGGAGCUGCAUCCGUGCGCUCACGGCUGCGUCAACACCGUGGGUAGUUUCCGAUGCACGUGCCGCCGGGGUUACGUCCUGGGCGGCGACGCCCGCUCCUGCCGCCGUCUGGGAGCGCCCGCCUCCGCCUCGACUCGGGCGCCGCCGACAGGCGCAACGCCGGGCAACGCUCCCGACAACGUGACGGCCCAAAUGCACAACUUGAGGAGCAGAGUCGAGCUUCUGGAGAAAAAGCUGCAGGUGGCGCUGGCGCCAUACGGCAGUGUUUUCCCAGAGGAGGUCGCGUCGGAGGAGAGCGCCACCUUGCUGUCGCACUCCUUCCGCCAGCUGGACCGCAUCGACUCCCUAAGCGAGCAGAUCGGCUUCCUCGAGGAGCGCCUGGGAACUUGCUCCUGCCAGGAAAAAACUCGCCGGAACCGGAACUAAAACGUGGCCGACACGCCCACACGUCAAGAUCCUACUCGUCGUUUAGUCGAGCGCAACGGUGGCAGAAAUAAACAAGGGGGGCUGUUUCUCCACAGCUUGGCGUCCACAAAGGCCUCAAUUCGGGCAA